AUGAAUGAGAAUAAUCGCUUGGCCAAUAAGAUGGAAAAGGGCCAAUUACAUUAUAAAGAUGCCAACGCUAUAUUUAACAAAGCAAUAGAAGCUCAAGAAAGUAGGUAUUUUUCACGAGGUAAGCUGAAUUAUCCAGGACAUGUUCCAUUAUUUACAUUUGAAAAAUUGUUGAUGAUUGCUGGUUCAUCACUUGGUGCAUAUUUACAUCCUGAAAGAAACGAAUUUAUAGUUGCUCUAGGCGAGUCUACUGCAAUAAAGCCCGUUUUAACCAAAUUGCAAACGCAAAUGUUAUCAGAUCCAGUUGGUCGUCAAAUAUUGAGAGAAAGACCAAGAAUUACAUCAACGUCAUUAGAUUUAGAAAAACUCAGACAACUACCAGAUAACACCAUAGGCAAGACAUAUAUCAAUUGGUUGGAUAGGGAAGGGGUUAGCCCUGAUACAAGAGUUCCUGUGAAAUAUAUUGACGAUGAAGAAUUGGCAUACAUUUACCAAAGAUAUAGAGAAUGCCAUGAUUUCUAUCAUUCCAUAACUGGAUUACCAAUAAUAAUAGAAGGAGAGAUUGCAGUUAAGCUAUUAGAAUUUAUGAACAUUGGAAUUCCCAUGUCUGGUUUAGGAGCUUUAUUUGCACCUUUGAGAUUAAAGCCUAGUCAAAAAGAACGCUUAUAUAAUAUUUACUAUCCUUGGGGAUUCAAAAGUGGUCUUAAUUCAAAACCUCUAAUCAACGUUUAUUGGGAAAAGAUACUAGAAGAGGAUAUAAAUGAAUUCAGACAUAAAAUGGGAAUUGAACAACCUCCUGAUUUGAGAAACUUAAGAAAAAAGUACUUCGGAGAAUUGAAAAAGAAGAAGAAGGUUUAA